GACUGUUUUGAUGUAGUUGGCUAAAAAUGUUAAGAGCGGACGUUUAGCUGUGAAAUCAUCCACACACGGAUGUGUUUUGUUUGUAUUCUACGUGUUUACAAGAAAACUCCAAAUAACUUAACUUAUAGAAACGUUCGCGUUUGUUCUCUACUAGCAUUGCAUGCUACUGUUUUUAGCCCCAGCCAGCUGGCAUGGCGUGAAUUCCGCAAAUCAGAAGGACCAAUGUCAAGAAUGCCUCGAGCAAGCUAACUGUAUUUGAAUACCGUCCGCCGGGUUAUUCUUAGUUAUGAACGUCACGCCCUUAAGUCCACCUGUGUUGCUGUCGUUUUCUUCGGGGACCGAACGGACGCAUUAGCACUCAAAGCUGCCUCUCAAUCACCGUUUGCCCGAUCGAGACGAGCCGAAAUGGACGCCCCAUCCCCCCAGAGAGAUUUCUAGCGGUGACACCAGCGACUCAAGUCCGCCACACAUCCUGGCCCCUGCAACGACGCGAACCGUGGCUCUCCUUCUUUUCUAUGACACACCCGAUUUAUGCCCAGCUGGAUUCGGUGGAAUCGCUGUUGGACGAACUCCCAUAUAUGUUUUAUCUGGGCCUGUUCUUUGUGAACGUCCUGAUCCUCUAUUAUGCCUUUCUGAUGGAGUACAUCGUCCUGAAUGUGGGGAUAGUGUUCCUUCCCGAGGACAUGGACCAGGCUCUGGUGGACCUCGGGGUUCUGUCCGAUCCGGCCUCUGUGCCCUAUGACAUGGACACGGAGCUGGAUGUGUUUGAGGGGUAUCUGGAGUGACACGGCGGUCCUGGAGGAAGAAAGGGAAACCUGAGGGGGUGAAGAUGGAGAACCCUCGCUGGUCAUUCAUGUGGCGAAGGAAUCCCUCAAAGCCGAUGCUGGUGCUGCUCUUCUCUCACACAGACCACAA